AGGAAUAUGAAAGUCUCAAGAUACAAAUGAAAAUGGCUGUUGUUGUAUGUUCCUUGAUCGUAUUUCUGUGAAGUUUGAUGUGUCCAGAGGAUCGUCUCACAUCAUAAUCACUGUUGGUAAAGAUGCCUCUUUUCAGCAUUUGUCCCUGAAAGCACUGUACCCGUUUGAUCCCACAUGGAUGAGUGCCAGCUUCUGCACUGCCCAUGCACGUUCUGUGACCACCUGAGCUGGGACCAUCCUUCAGAGUUCAUGCUUCUCACUGAGGACACCUGACCUUUUGAAGCUUCAUAAUUCACGACUAGAUGUCACCAGUCUUUCCCAUGUUAACAGUUCUGACUAUGUUUUAUUAUAUGUGCCUUCGGCGCCGAGCCAGGACAGCUACGAGAGGAGAAAUGAUGAACAGCCAUAGGACUAUAGUAUCAAACAGCAGGACUUCCCCUCUCAAUGCAGAGGUGGUCCAGUAUGCCAAAGAAGUAGUAGAUUUCAGUUCCCAUUAUGGAAGUGAGAACAGCAUGUCCUAUACCAUGUGGAACUUGGCAGGCGCACCAAACGUGUUUCCAAGUUCUGGUGACUUUACUCAGACAGCUGUGUUUCGAACUUAUGGAACAUGGUGGGAUCAGUGUCCUAGUGCUUCCUUGCCGUUCAAAAGGACACCAUCCAAUUUUCAGAGCCAGGACUAUGUGGAACUUACUUUUGAACAACAGGUGUAUCCUACAGCUGUUCAUGUCCUGGAGACUUAUCAUCCUGGAGCAGUCAUCAGAAUUCUGGCUUGUUCUGCAAAUCCCUAUUCCCCAAGUCCUCCCACUGAAGUAAGAUGGGAGAUUCUCUGGUCAGAGAAACCUACGAAGGUGAAUGCUUCCCAGGCUCGCCAGUUUAAACCUUGUAUUAAGCAGAUAAAUUUUCCCACAAAUCUUAUACGACUGGAAGUAAAUAGUUCUCUUCUGGAUUAUUACACUGAAUUAGAUGCAGUUGUGCUACAUGGUAUGAAGGAUAAGCCAUUGCUCUCUCUCAAGACUUCACUUAUUGACAUGAAUGAUCUAGAAGAUGAUGACUAUGAAGAAAAGGAUGGCUGUGGAAUGGACAGCCUUGAUAAAAAGUUUAGCAGUGCUGCCCUUGGGGAAGGGCCAAAUAAUGGGUAUUUUGAUAAGCUACCAUACGAGCUCAUUCAACUGAUUCUGAAUCAUCUUUCACUACCAGAUCUGUGCAGAUUAGCACAGACUUGCAAACUCCUAAACCAGCAUUGUUGUGACCCUCUGCAGUACAUUCACCUCAAUCUGCAACCGUACUGGGCAAAACUAAAUGAUGCUUCACUCGAGUUUCUACAGGCUCGAUGUGCUCUCGUCCAAUGGCUUAAUUUGUCUUGGACUGGGAACAGGGGCUUCAUCUCAGUUUUGGGAUUUAGCAGGUUUCUGAGGGUGUGUGGAUCCGAAUUAGUGCGCCUUGAAUUAUCUUGCAGCCACUUCCUUAAUGAAAGUUGCUUGGAGGUUAUUUCUGAAAUGUGUCCACAUCUUCAAGACUUAAAUCUCUCAUCCUGUGAUAAGCUACCACCUCAAGCUUUCAACCACAUUGCCAAGCUCUGCAGCCUUAAACGACUUGUUCUCUAUCGAACAAAAGUAGAGCAAACAGCACUGCUCAGCAUUUUGAACUUCUGUUCAGAGCUUCGGCACCUCAGUUUGGGCAGUUGUGUGAUGAUUGAAGACUACGAUGUGAUAGCUAGCAUGAUAGGAGCCAAGUGUAAAAAACUCCAGACUCUAGAUCUGUGGCGGUGCAAGAAUAUUACAGAGAAUGGAAUAGCAGAACUGGCUUCUGGGUGUCUACUUCUUGAAGAACUUGACCUUGGCUGGUGUCCCACUCUACAGAGCAGCACUGGGUGCUUUGCCAGACUGGCCCACCAGCUUCCAAACUUGCAGAAACUCUUUCUUACAGCUAACAGGUCUGUGUGUGACACAGACAUAGAAGAACUGGCAUCUAAUUGUACCAGACUACGGCAACUGGACAUAUUAGGCACGAGAAUGGUAAGUCCAGUGUCCUUGAGAAAGCUCCUGGAGUCUUGCAAAGAUCUUUCCCUACUUGAUGUGUCCUUUUGUUCUCAGAUUGAUAACAGGGCUGUGUUAGAGCUCAAUGCAAGUUUUCCAAAAGUCUUGAUAAAAAAGAGCUUUACUCAGUGACUUAAUAUGUUGUCAUUAAAAUCUUUGAUGGGGUUUUAUUGGGGGGCUGGCUUUGCUUUUUGUUUGUUUCAUUUUAAAAGUAGUGAAAAUUAAAACAUUUGUAGAUUUUAAAGAGAAAUAUAAAAUUCUGCAGUGGAUCUUGUAAAAAUGUAAAGAAAUGGUCUUAAAAUUAUUACAAGCACUUUUCUUUAAGAAUAUGUGAAUGGCUAAUGUUAUUUUCUUAUGUUAAUCAGUGGUAUGCUUUAGUCAAUAAUUAUGUAGUAAAGGAGUACUAUGGAAACCUUUUAACUUAUUUUUCAAGGAAUUUUUGAACAAUAAAGUAUUGUGUUAUUUAUGAAAAAUAAAGUUGAUUUUGCACACUU